UCGCAAUCCUUCCUCCCUCUCUUUGUAUUUUUAUUUUUCUCCCUUCUUCUCCAUUCCAUCCGCCACCGCGUGCUCUCUCUCUUUCUCUCCGUCUCUCCAUAAUACGCUGUUGCCUCCUUCCUUCCUCUCGGUUGUCGGCCGUCGGAAUUUGGGGGUUUCCUUUUGGUUGCUCGAUGGCGAGUGAGGAGCAAAGGAAGGAGCAAACGAGAAGUGAGUCCUACAAGAUCAAGACGGUGAGUUUCUUCGAUCGGGAGGUUCCCAUCAUCUUACAGAAUGACAACGGCCCAUGCCCUCUACUCGCCAUCUGUGAAGUUCUGUCUGAUGUGUACGACAGGUAAUGUUCUGUCACUGAGAAACAGUUUGAAUGCUAAUUGGGAUGCAUCUGAAAUUCCACAACAAAGAUUGCUUCAUCUUGUUGGUGAACGGUUGCUUGAUACCAAUAAUGCUGAGAACAAAGAUGCUGGAUAUAUGAAAAAUCAGCAGCAGAACAUUGCGGAUGCAUUUGAGCUCGUCCCUUCUCUUGCAACGGGAAUAGAUGUCAAUGUUCGUUUCAGAAACAUACAUGACUUCGAGUUUACACCAGUCUGUGCCAUAUUUGAUCUUCUGGAAAUUGACCUUGUCCAUGGUUGGAUAAUUGAUCCUCAGGAUGCUGAUACUGCCUCUGCAAUUGGAUCAAACUCAUACAAUACUCUUAUGGAGAAACUUGUGGCACUUGAAGCAAGCAAUAUACAGAAAGAGAGCACCUCUCAAGAGGACUGUGUAGAUUUUGCUGCUGCGACAACUGCAACUUUGGGAGUUCCAUCCCCAUGUCUUUCAAGACUAAGGUCUUUUGAAGAACCUCCAAUUGCAGUCUCUCUUCAUGAAAACAAAAGAAAGGGAGAUGUUGAAGAAGUAGAACAGCUUAUGAAGGUGUUGGAGCUGUCAAAAUCUGAUGCUUCAGUAACAACGGAUGGACAUUUGUCUCCUGAAAGUCUAGAUGUUCCCCAAACUCCAGAAGACCCAAAGGCUGGUGAGGAUCAGAGGCCUUCUGAAGCAGAGGAACAUAAUCAAGAAGAGUGCACCAUUUUAUCUGCUUCUUUUAGUGGUGGCUCUUCAUCAGAAACUACACCUGAGGCUACCAUCUUAUUGGCCCAAAAAUCAUCCGAAAGCUGUCCGGUUCAGACAUCUGAAAACCAUGUGGGAUUGGUUCCUUCUGGAGAAAAUGGCACAACUAAUGAAUCAUUCCAUGAUGAGCCAUUCUGUUUUCCAGAUAGCUCAGAUGCUUGUCCUGAUAGCACAUGCAAGAUUCACUUGUGUGGCUCGCCAAAGGAGCAGGAGACUCUUACUGACCCAGAAAAUUUUUUGAACCCAUGCAAUAAAACAUCCAACAGCAAUUUUCCUUCAGUUGUAGCAGACACAAAUACAGACUCUUCUGUUACUGAUGGUGAACAUGAUCUUGCUGAUGUUCCUAUGGAUGCAACCUCUAGUUUAGAUGGUAGUGAGCCAAUAUAUGAAGGUGAGGACUUUGUGCAAGAUGCAGGACUUGCUAUGUAUGAAAGUCCGGAGCCCAUGUAUGAGGGUGAGAUGAUACUUGCCAAGCAGGCAGAUAGAGAGAAAGAAGAUGGGUGCAGUAGACAAUCCAUUGAUGAGGAUCCUCAACCUAACCAUGGUUCCACUAGUCCAACUCCAAGAGAAGGAGAAUUAAUACGAAAUUUCUUGACAAAUAAUGCAAGCCAGCUGACUAUUUAUGGCUUAUUUUGCCUACAGGAACACCUGAAGGAGCACUCACUUUGUGUGUUUUUUCGUAAUAACCACUUUAGCACUAUGUUUAAGCAUGAAGGUCAACUUUAUUUGUUAGCAACUGACCAGGGAUACAUUAACCAGCCUGAUUUAGUGUGGGAAAAGUUAAAUGAGGUCAAUGGAGAUACUGUGUUUAUGACUGGAAAUUUUGAGGAGUUCAAGGUUGGAAAUGAAGCCGGUGGAUCAUGGGAUCAACAAAAUGCGAUGAACAGUACUGCUGAAUAUCUUGCCAGAAUGGACAAAGCUGCAUUGACGGAUUCAACUAUGAGUUCUGAUUUGCAAUUAGCAAUAGCACUCCAACAACAGGAGUUUGGAAAUCAGACGCAACAUCAAAAUUCACAGAAUGUUCAGCCGCCACCAGCUCGUGGCUCAAGGCUUAUUACAGGUCCAGAGGUUCGUAGGACUACUGCUGCUUCCACCCCUAGAAACGAAGCAAAGUCAAAAGAAAAGGAAAAGUGUGUUCUGAUGUAACGGCUAUAGAGGAUGAUGUUGAUUGGUGCUGUAAAAUGAUCUCGCCAUAUAAAAAUGAAAAUGGGUUCGCCCAUCUGUAUUUUUUUCAAUCAUUUGGCCUGUUUGUAUAUCAGUGAAAAUAAUUAGUCCACGUGUGAAGCUAAGCUGUCGCUGUUUUUGUUUUUUCUGUAAA